GUUUUUAUUAAAAAUUUACAGUGAAAGUGUUUUAUCAAAUUUGUUCGUCAAAUUUCAUUUGGUUUGUGUUCAAAUACACACAGAUACAAUUGUUCGAUGAUGGAAAGAGGUGCAUUGUUACCAAUCACGGAUUGUUGCAAGCAAAAUAUUCAAGUGCACCGAAGAGAAAAUUCUAUGGCGAAUGGUGGACACGGUGUCGUUGUCAAUGGUGUGGGCGGUGGUGGUGGUGGUGGUGGUGGUGGUGGUCCAGGUUCGGGAACCCUUUCAAGGGAAGAAAGGCGCCGGCGUCGAAGGGCUACGCAGAAAUAUCGAACGGCACACGCUACAAGAGAAAGGGUCAGAGUUGAAGCAUUCAAUUUGGCAUUCGCCGAAUUACGGAAAUUAUUGCCAACAUUACCACCAGACAAGAAACUUUCCAAAAUAGAAAUUCUACGACUUGCCAUCUGUUACAUCGCAUAUCUCAAUCAUGUUCUCGAAGCGUAAAAAAAUAAUUACACAAUUAUCUAUAAGAUACUUAAACACUUGACAUGCUCGGGUAUACUUUGACGUCAACGUAACGAGUGCAACGGUGCGUACGUUUUGCAUGAAUUGCGCGAAAGUUUGAUCAAAAUUUUCUUCUAUCUUAUUGUUUACAUCUUUGUCGAAUUAUAUACUACAUAUUCAUUGAAAAAUGUAUAAUUCAUCAUAUACAUUAGCUAAGUACUUUGUCCACUUCACUGUGUUGCAAUUAUACGUUACUCGCUAUCAAAACCAUUUAUUUAUUAUAUACGUAUUUUUACGUGAUCCGCGUUCCAGUGACAAAUUGUGAAGAACGUCAAAAUACGUUGCCCGCAUUUCAACUGU